CAAACAGCAACCCGAAAUCCGGCUCCAGAGUCUAGAGAGAGAGAGAGAGAGAGAGAGAGAGAGAGAAGCGCUUCCCCCAAACGCAGAAGCGCUUCGAUCUCCAGAUCGAUCUCCCGCACAUGCCGCGCCUCCCGACGGCGGCCGAGGGAGCGCAGGACGAGGCGGUGCGGCGGCACGAUCGCGGGGCGCCGGCGGGGCCGGGGCAGUGCGGGGCGGUGCACGUGCAGCACGUGUCGGCGCCGGUCCCGCUCGUGUGGUCGCUCGUGCGCCGCUUCGACCGGCCCCAGUGCUACAAGGGCUUCGUGCGCGCGUGCGGGCUACUCCCCCGCACGUGCGGGGGCGCGGGACCCGCUACGGGCGCGGGCGAAAUGGGCGUGGGGAGCGUGCGCGAGGUGCGGCUCGUGUCGGGGCUCCCCGCGCGGACGAGCACGGAGCGCCUCGACGCGCUCGACGAGGAGCGCCACGUCACCGGGUUCACGGUCCUCGGCGGGGACCACCGCCUCGCCAACUACCGAUCCGCGACCAGCCUCCACGCGGCGGGCGGGGAUUCGCCGUCGCUCGGGACCAUCGUGGUGGAAUCCUACGUGGUGGACGUGCCCCGCGGGAGCACGGCCGAGGAGACGCGCGCCUUCGCGGACACCAUCGUGCGCUGCAACCUCCGCUCCCUCGCCACCGUCUGCCAGACGAUGGCCGCCCGAUCCGCAUCCAACGGCUCAAACGCGUCGACGCACAUGUAGCUAGCUCUCCACUCUGCUGCGUAUAUACAUAUGUAUUAUAAGUGUUUUACUUCGGUUUGUUUGGGUUAGUUUGGUUUGGUUAAUUGGUAGUUUUUGUCACUUACUUAGGCUCCGUUUGGGAUUGCGGGGAGAUUGCCUUAUGUGCGGUGAGAAAA